AUGUCGAAUUCUAGUGUUAUUGAUGGUGAUUUGUAUUCGUCUAUGAGUGAGAGUGAAGAAGAAGAUGUCGAGAACUCAUUUUUUGAAGGUGGUGAAUCUUCAAGUUCAGUACAUGAUGCAGAAUAUUUUGAUGAUAUAAUUGGAGAACAUGUCUAUAAGCCAGAUGUACCUGUUCAACUUAUUCCAUUUAAGGGUUUAAUAUUCAAAUCAUUAAAGUUGGCUAUCAAAAUGUAUUCUGAGUAUGUUGAAAUUGGUGGUUUUGAUGUUAGACUGAGCACACAGUCAAGGUUUGAUAACAAGAUUAUAAAGAAGAAGCAUGUUAUAUGUAAUCGUGCUGGUAAACAGAAAAAGAAAUCUUGUGACACAUUAGUUUUUCAGUUUGAUGAACUUCACAACCUUCCACUUGAGAAGAGAAGCGAUUUAAAAAAGGCGAGACAAAUGUCAUAUUCAGAAAAAGAGUUUAUUGUGCGUUCUUCCACAUCAAAAAUAGGUCCAACUAUGGCUCAUAAGUUGAGGGCAAGUCUGAGAAGUGGGUAUGAGUUUGUAAAGCCCAAAGUAGUUGACUAUAAAAAUUUAAGGAGAGAUAUCAACAGGGUUAUUGGUUAUAAAGAUGCCCAAAUGAUAGUAAACACAAUGAAUGACCGUCGAGCUCACUAUCCAAAUUACUCAUUUGAGUUUAAUUAUCAAGAUGAUGUUUUGGACUGUAUGUUUUGGGCUGAUGAAAUGGAGAAGACAUAUUAUGCUGAAUUUGGUGAUGCUAUCUCGUUUGAUGCGACUUUUCGAACAAACAAGUAUCGAAUGGUUUUUGUUUCGUUUACUGCUAUUGACCAUCAUAAAAAAUCGGUUAUUGUUGGAUCUGUGUUGCUAAGCAAUGAAAGCAUUGAGUCUUACUCUUGGUUGCUUAAAGCAUUUCUUAAAACUCAUGGGAAAGAGCCAACACUUGUUUUAACCGAUCAAGAUGCUACAAUAAAACAAGUUGUUGAGAAUAUAUCAUAUGAUUUAUUUAUAAACACAGACUUUAGAAAAAGGUUUUCGAAGCUUGUUUGUGACAUUAAUAUGAAACCUGAUGUUUUUGAGGUGAAGUGGGGUUUGCUUAUGAAGGAAUUCAAUCUUGAAGACACAAGAUGGUUUAAAGACAUGUUUACAAUACGUGAUUCAUGGAUACCUGGAUAUUUCAGUGAUAUUCCAAUGUGUGGUUUGAUGAAGACUACAUCGAGGUCAGAGAGUAUGAAUUCAUUCUUUAAUACAUAUUCAGAAAGUGGGAUCUUACUUUUGAAUUUCAUGAUGAAUUACAACACUGCCAUUCAAAAGCAAAGGAAUACUCAACGAGAGCUUGAUAAGGCAUCAAAGAAAGCAUCAUAUAAAAUGCAAACACCUCGAGAAAUAGAACUGCAAGCAUCAAAGGUUGAAAUAAAAGCUGAAGAGAAAGAAAUAAAUUGCAGUUGUGAACAUUUUAAGCGUAUGGGUGUUUUAUGCAGAGAUGCUUUUACAAUAAUGAUGAGAUGUGGUGUUAAAGAAAUUCCUGAAAGGUACAUUUUGAAGAGAUGGAGAAAGGAUGUGAUAUCAAGAAAUUAUCAUUUUAGUUCUGUUCAAUCCGAUUUAGGUGAUUGUGAGAAUGUAAAGCUAGUCAAUGAUUCAUAUUAUAGUUUUGAAUCAUGUUUGGAUAUUGUAAGAGAUGACAAAAAGAGAUUGGCUUUGUUUGCUGAGAAACAACAAAUGUUGUUGAAGGAAUUUGAGAGUGAUUAUAUUUCUACUGGAUUGAAAAGCAAGAUAGAUGGUGAAGUCGUAUGCAAGCUUUUGGGUGUUACUAUUCCUAUUCCAGAAGAGAUUAAUAUUCAUGUUCCUGAAGUUCAAAACAAUAAAGGUUCUGGAAUCAAGAAAAGAAUUCCAAGUGCAUGUGAAAUAGCAUAUGAAAAUUCUAAAAAAGAACAUAGAAUGUGUUCAAGAUGUGGAAAACGAGUUCCACACAAUUUACGUACUUGUUCAGAAAGAGUUGGAGCUGCUAAAUCAGCAAAAGACAGUUAG